AUGGAGUGUAUGCAUAUCAAUAAUGACAAGAAACCAAUACUUAUAGGCACAAUUGGUAUGCACAACGAGGACUUGAUACGCCUGUGCGGGAAAAUCAUCCCACGCGAUCCAAUGCUAUUAAUACUCAGCUAUUUGCCACCGAAGAAUCUAUUGCAGAUCGCCCGUACGUGCAAAGCACUUCACACAUUAGCGCUGGAUUGGUCGUUAUGGCAACGAUUGCCUGACUACUUGUACCGGUACUAUUUCAAACACAAAGGGUUGCUGAUGUUUUGCGCCAUGGAUGUUGUGUGCAGUGUACUUAAACAACCCAGUUGCUCGCAUCUGGUGGAGUUCCGCAUGCCCGUGAUUGUUGAUAAUCGCAAGCUAUACACAGUGCAGAAAGACUAUGAAGCCUAUCUAGAUAUACUUGUGCCACUAUUACCGAGGGUAACCUCUCUCGACCUUUCCAAGUGCUACUACAUGGACUUUGAAUUGCCACUGUUCUGUGCGUACAUACAGCGAUUUCAGCCAAAAGUACUGAAUAUGGGCCAGAUAUUUAAUCACGCUGACUACCUUACUAACAGUGUAGAGAAGCUCACCACGGCAACAGUUUUACGUGUAUCUAUCUGCAGUCCUAGUUUAAUUGAGCUGUACGCGUGGGGAGUACCUAUACAACCUACAUUAGAUCAGUGUCCAAAGUUACGGACGUUAAUGCUAGGCGGGGAGGGGGUUGCUAUACUGGAUACAGCUAUAUGGAGUGCAUCUCUAACUAAGAUAGGCGUAGAUGCCAUACUAACUUACGAUGCAGUGGUGCUGUGCCCGCAGUUGACCGAGUUUAGCACGCUAUUGUGGCCUGUACAGUUCCAAUGCAAAACACUCACACAUGUUAGCAUUAAAAGGGCUGAGAAUAAAGAGCUGGUGAACUCCUUUCGAGUAGACACACUUCAUGAGUUCCCGUUACUUACCACGCUACAUCUGCACGAGGUGGCGAAACAUCAAACAAUCAGCUCACAUAGCCUGCUGCAUCUUAGUAUAGCACGCGUGGAAGGGCCGCUGGUGCUGCCACAGUUAUUAACAAUUCGGGUUUGUCAGGCCACUUCAAAGUUAUCCGAGUUCUUGUUGUCGUGUGGGACGGUGCACACAGUAGAGCUGUACGAAGGCAACGGACGCAAUCCAUCGCGGCACGAGUUGAAGCAAAACUAUCUCACACUCAGCUCGAGGUCCGUGCAACGGAUAAAUUUUAAGAAUAGAUACACCCCCACACUGAGGCAGUUACGGAAUCUCUGUGCUAAUAAUAGAGGUCUAGUUCGCAUACACGUAUUCGGGUGCGGCAGAGGUUGGGACGCGUACGAGUGGAAUAAGUUCUUAAACACGUGGAACGAUGAUAGUCCCUUUCUGGUAUUGCGCAACAUGGCUGAGCCGCCUACAUAUGUCAGAAAUGCACUAAGGAGUAUUCGUCAGGUACAUUUCCUGUCAAGGGAUUAUGAUGAUUUAGACGAUCUAUGAAUAAACAGGUCAAUCAC